AUGCCCGAGCCCCCUUGGUUCCCGGAGGGGGGGCGGGUGACGGUGGAGGUGGAGGCGGGGGUGGCCGCGACGCUCGAGUGCAGGGCGCGAGGCGACGCUCCGCUCACCGUUGUCUGGAGCUACCGCGGCAAUGCCAUCGCGCCUUCCGAUAAGUACAAUGUGCAGUCUGUUCGUGAGGAGCUUGAGGAAGUUUCUCUUUUGACUGUCAACGCUGCGUCUUCAGACGACAGCGGCUUGUACCAAUGCCGAGCAUCAAAUGUGCACGGCGUGAACACCUACACCGUCACACUCAGUGUGCAGGAUGUACCAUCUCCUCCAACUGAAGUGAGUUUAACGGAAAUUGGGUCUCGGCACGUUAGUCUCAACUGGUCAACCACGGCGUCCAUUGCAGGCACUCUUACCAAUUACAUCCUGAUCUACACUUCUGACUCCAACGUGGCCGGGGAGGUGCGAGUGGCGAUGCCUCCUGCGCGCGUGGACGGGCUGGUGCCGGCGACGGGCUACUUGCUGCGGGUGGCGGCCGAGAACAGAGUUGGCCGCAGCGAGUUUUCCGCCGGCGUCAGAGUUGUUACCCUCGAAGAGCCGCCGGCGGGGCCUCCACUUAAUCUUAAAAAAAUUACUUAG